GAAGUGAGAUAUCAUUCUUUAAAAAUGGCAUAUGCCAAGGUGUAGCUUUCAAGGAUCUUCAAGGUGGCCGUUACUAUCCUGCUGCUUCAAUGUUUACUCUUCCCAAUGAACCAAACUGCACAGUCAAGUUCAACUUUGGUCCUGACUUUGAAUGCUUUCCUGAGGAUUUCAAUGAACGGCCUAUUCCCAGGCCAAUGAUUGAAGUUCCUUAUCAUGGUUUUGACAAUCGAGUUGAAAUUGGAGAGGCUAAUGAGAAGAAAUCCUAGAAAGAGUGAUGAGGGUUGCAUUUAUUGUUAAGUUCAUAUGCACAGAUGGAUGGCUUCAUAUUCUACUUCAAUGUUUAGUUGGUAGUAAAAUUGAUUCACAAACAUUUAGAUUAGUGGUGUAAACUUCUGAAAGAGAGAAAUUGGCUACGUGAAAUACAUAAAAAAAUUUCAUGUGUUCAAUCAUAUGUAUUGUAGUUUCUUCCUUUGGUGUUGUCUUAAUAUUGUUCUAUUGGAGAUACGUAAUGUCAGUAUCAUCCGCAAAUCCUUUGUCUGGUCACUUCCCCCCAAAGGAAAUAACAACGAGCAAGCCUAUGCUCACGUGGUAAUCUAAUGAUAUCCCUCUUGUAAGGUAUCAAGGCUAGGGUUGGUUUAGUGUUAAUAGUGCCUAUUGUAAAAUGCAUAACGGGAACUCUGACUACCCGGAUCCUAUUGGGAAAAAUCUCAAAAAUUGAAGCUCCUUAACGCUGAGGUUUUGUUUGGUUGGCCCAUGUUGGCUGACUAAACACCAAAGUGAGAAGAAGAGCUAUAAGUGGAAUGGAAGUAACUCAACAUCUGCUACUGUGGAAACCUUGAUUCCAUUAUUCAUGUGCUUUUCGUGCUGUGUCCAAUGGGCAAUAGUCUGGAAUAGGGAGUAGGCGAAGACCAAUUUCAGUAGCCAUCACUAUCCUGUGCUAACAGUAAACAGUGAACUGGCAAGUAGAAAUAACUUCUACAGAACGUUAUGGGACACUACUAGCCACAACUUUUUUUUUAUUUUUUAUUCUUUUCUUUAAUUUAUCUGUUCCUAUUGAGAUUCGGCCUUUGGUACCCUUGACUACGUUGUAUACCUGACCUGAAACCAUAAUACUACGUGUUCCCGUUCUUAUGUUUAUAAUGUCAAAACAAAGUAUUCCCCAAUAUACAAUAAUGUUCGGGGUAUGAUGUGAUUCUUGUGUUUGUAUCAGCAAUGAUGGUUCUAAUGAAUAGGGGAGUUGAGACCCUCUUGA